UGUUACAGGGACACAUUGAGCCUGAUGACUACACCCUUACAUAACCUUCCACUGAGAUCUGGAUCACUAUUCAGAUACACCAAUCAAUAACCUAUCAAGACAUUACAUAGUGUUAUUCUGGUUUAUAACGGGAAGGGUCUAGGUAGUACCAGCCCCCCAGCCUAGCACCAGCUAGUCCACUACCCCGAAGCUAGCACAAGCUAGUCCACUACCCCGAAGCUAGCACAAGCUAGUCCACUACCCCGAAGCUAGCACAAGCUAGUACAACCCUUUAUAACCUGCUAUAGAACAGCCCCCUACUACCAGCCCCUAUCCUAGCCAAAUCAAAUCCAAUCAAAUUUGAUUGAAUAGCCCUUUUUACAAGCAAUGUCACAGCGGGGUAUGUGCCCAUGGAACUACACCUAAACUAACCUAGUCCAACACCCUAUCCUAGUCCCACCUAGUCCAGCCUCCUGAUACUAGCUAGUGCAACCUAUUCUAUCAACCCACUGGUAGAUGUGUGGAAGGGAAUCCUUCUGUGUUUGAAUGUAUUGGUACACUUCCGUCCUGAAUCAUUUGAACUGUUAUUAAUGAAGACCAGGACAAUGCUGUGUUAGAAACUUCCAUGACAAUCCACAACAAAGCGCCUUCCGCAACCCUACAGCGGGGCCCCCUGCCCCCCUUCCCGGCCGCACAUCUGUACUCUACUCCCUGACACAUUUCACUGAUUAACUCGCAGAUGCCGCACAACGCAGUGCUAUUUUAUUCCAGGACAUUUAACAUCCGGGCAUCGAAACAUGAGCAGCAAAGACGUGGAAUGUCACUUUUUUUUCCUCCUCCAGCGCUGUAAUGAUAUAGAGCAAAGAGCACCGCGAUUGGUGGAUGCAGAGAAGGAGAAAUGCAAAAGCAUCGAGGGGAGACGUAAAACAUAUGCGGCUUCAAUGACAACGACAAAGACCUCAACCGUCGGGCGCUUACGGUUCAAAAAUACGGAUUUCCCCACGAUCAGCGGUGCUGAUAAGAAAUAGAGCGACAUGAAAAUACACAAGAAGGACAAGCAGAUGCCCAGUGGUCAGAUCCUGAAGCACACUCCAGCCCCAGCAGCCUCCACUGCCCCCGACCACGCACAGACUCCAUUACCCAGAAGCACCCUGGGCUCCAAGGACCAGCUCCGCCUCCUAACCGGGACCACCAAUCACUGCAUGGCCCACGCUAAGCAUGCUGGGAUGGGUGAGGAAGGGGCCAGCCGGGGGGUCCCGUGCCCUCCUUCCUCCCCCCUGAGUGAGGAGGAUGAUGGGGGGGGAGGGGCGCGGGUGAAGAAGAAACGGAAGAAAAAAAACAAGCAGGAGAAAAGGGCAGAGAGGGAGAGCAAACCAAAGAAGAAGAGGGAGCCGAGAGAAGGGAAGGAGGUGCUUCCCAGGAAGAGCAAGGAGGCCCGGGGGGGCAGAGACCAGAGGGAGGUGAAGGAGGCCCGGGGGGGCAGAGACCAGAGGGAGGUGAAGGAGCGGAGGGAGGUGAAGGAGGUGAAGAGACCCGCGGAGGUCAAGCCCCCGGGGCCGGCCAAGAGGGGCAGGAAACCAAAGGUCAAAGUGCUUCCUCCAGUCCCGCCCCCUGUCCCCAGCCCAGCUCCAGCCCCGCCCCUCAUCCUGGUCCCCGUACCCGCCCCCCCCACCCCCAAACAGAGGGGGCGCAAGCCCAGAGAGCAAGGCGCGGUGCCGGUGGAGAAGAAGAAGAAAGGGAAGAGGAAAAGGGAGGUUGUGCCGGCGAGAGAGCGCGAGGCGGAGGUGGAGAGGGAGGGGGUGGAGAGUGAGGAGGAUGCUAGGGGGGGAGCUGCGGUCUUGGGGGGUGAGGAGAGCACAGACCCCCUGGAUAACACGAAGCGUCGUUCUGGCCGGCAGGUGAAGAGGAGGAAGUACAACGAGGAUGUAGACUUCAAGGUGGUGGAUGAUGAUGGAGAGACCAUCGCUGUCCUGGGCGCUGGACGCAUCCCUGCCCUCAACGCCGCUACCCUGGCAUGGCAGGCAGAGGAACCACCUGAGGAUGAAGCCAACAUCAUUGAGAAAAUCCUGUCUGUUCGAACAGUCAAGAAAGAGGGUCUGAGCCCAUCAGAGGAAGAGGCAGAGGAGUUCUUCGUCAAGUAUAGGAACUUCUCCUACCUGCACUGUAAGUGGGCCAGUCUGGAGGAGCUGGAGAAGGAUCCCCGGAUCCACCAGAAGAUCAAACGUUUCAGAGCCAAACAGGCUCAGAUGAAGCAUAUCUUCACUGAGCCUGAUGAGGACAUGUUUAACCCAGACUACCUUGAGGUGGACCGAGUUCUUGAGGUGGCCGUCACCACCGAUGCAGACACUGGAGAGGAGGUUACCCACUACCUGGUGAAGUGGUGUUCCCUGUCCUAUGAGGAGGCCACCUGGGAGCUUCAGGAGGACGUGGACCCUGGGAAGAUCCUGGAGUUUGAGGAAAUCCAGAAACUACCCGACCUCAAACAUGUGGAGAGGCCUCCUCCAGAGAAGUGGCAGAAGCUGGACAACUCGAGAGGUUAUCGCAACGGCAACCAGCUGAGAGAGUACCAGCUGGAGGGGAUGAACUGGCUGCUCUUCAACUGGUACAACAGGAAGAACUGCAUCCUGGCAGAUGAGAUGGGCCUGGGGAAGACCAUCCAGUCCAUCACCUUCCUGUACGAGAUCUUCUCCAUGGGUCUCCGGGGCCCCUUCCUCAUCAUCGCCCCCCUGUCCACCAUCACCAACUGGGAGAGGGAGUUCCGCACAUGGACGCCCAUCAACGUGAUCGUAUACCAUGGCUCCCAGAUCAGCCGGCAGAUGAUCCUGCAGUACGAGAUGUACCACAAAGACCCGCAGGGCAACCCCAUCGGCGGCGUGCUGAAGUUCCACGGAGUGAUCACCACGUUUGAAAUGAUCAUGGCCGACUGCCCGGAGCUGAGGAAGACCCACUGGUGCUGUGUGGUCAUCGAUGAGGCCCACAGGCUCAAGAACAGGAACUGCAAACUGCUGGAGGGGCUCAAGAUGAUGAACCUGGAACACAAGGUUCUCCUGACAGGAACGCCCUUGCAGAACUCCGUAGAGGAACUCUUCAGCCUGCUGAACUUCCUGGAGCCUCUGCAGUUCCCCUCGGAGACCAGCUUCCUGGACGAGUUUGGAGACCUGAAGACUGAGGAGCAGGUGAAGAAGCUGCAGGCCAUCCUGAAGCCCAUGAUGCUGCGCCGUCUGAAAGACGACGUGGAGAAGAACCUGGCUCCCAAGGAGGAGACCAUCAUAGAGGUGGAGCUGACCAACAUCCAGAAGAAAUAUUACCGGGCCAUCCUGGAGAAGAACUUCACCUUUCUGGCCAAAGGAGCGGGCCAGGCCAACAUGCCCAACCUCAUCAACACCAUGAUGGAGCUGAGGAAGUGCUGCAACCACCCCUACCUGAUCACAGGUGCGGAGGAAAAGAUCCUGGAGGACUUCAGGAAAGGUGUGAGCAGUGAGGCGUGGGACUUGCAGCUGCAGGCGAUGAUCCAGGCAGCAGGCAAGCUGGUGCUGAUAGACAAGCUGCUGCCCAAGCUACUGGCAGGGGGCCACAAGGUGCUGGUCUUCUCCCAGAUGGUCCGCUGCCUGGACAUCCUGGAGGACUACCUCAUCCAGAAACGGUACACGUACGAGCGGAUCGACGGGCGCGUGCGGGGGAACCUCCGCCAGGCCGCCAUCGACCGCUUCUGCAAGCCGGACUCUGACCGCUUCGUCUUCCUGCUGUGCACGCGGGCCGGCGGCCUGGGGAUCAACCUCACCGCCGCCGACACCUGCAUCAUCUUUGACUCAGACUGGAACCCCCAGAACGACCUGCAGGCCCAGGCACGCUGCCACCGGAUUGGCCAGAGCAAGGCUGUAAAGGUGUACCGACUCAUCACCAGGAACUCCUACGAGAGAGAGAUGUUCGACAAGGCCAGCCUGAAGCUUGGCCUGGACAAGGCCGUGCUCCAGGACAUCAACCGCAAGGGCAGCGUCAACGGGGUGCAGCAGCUGUCCAAGCUGGAGGUGGAGGACCUGCUGAGGAAGGGAGCGUACGGAGCUCUGAUGGACGAGGAGGACGAGGGCUCCAAGUUCUGCGAGGAGGACAUAGACCAGAUCCUUCAGAGACGCACCCAGACCAUCACCAUCCAAUCAGAGGGCAAGGGAUCAACCUUCGCCAAGGCCAGCUUUGUGUCGUCUGGGAACAGAACAGACAUUUCCCUGGACGAUCCUAACUUCUGGCAGAAGUGGGCAAAGAUCGCUGAGCUGGAGGUGGAGUCUCGGGCGGAGAAGGAGAGUCUGGUGAUCGACACCCCCCGCGUGAGGAAGCAGACGCGUCACUACAACUCGUUUGAGGAUGAUGAGCUGAUGGAGUUUUCUGAGCUGGACAGCGACUCAGAAGAGCGACCCUGUCGAUCCCGUCGCCUUAGCGACCGCAGCCGCCGCUACCUCCGGGCCGAGUGCUUCCGGGUCGAGAAGAACCUUCUCAUCUUCGGAUGGGGGAGAUGGAAGGACAUCCUGAGCCACGGGCGUUUUAAAUGGCACCUGGCGGAGCGAGACAUGGAGGUGGUGUGCCGAGCGCUGCUGGUGUACUGUCUACGGCACUACAAGGGAGACGACAAGAUCAAGAGCUUCAUCUGGGACCUCAUCACCCCCAGCAAGGACGGCCAGGACCAGGCCCUGCAAAACCACUCCGGCCUGUCAGCGCCGGUGCCACGGGGGAGGAAGGGCAAGAAGCUGAAGACCCAGCUGAGCCCGCCGGAGCUGCAGCAAGCUGAUUGGCUGGUCCACUGCAACCCUGAGGUGGUGCUGCACGACGACAGCUACAAGAAACACCUCAAACAACACUGCAACAAGGUGCUCCUGAGGGUGAGGAUGUUGUACUACCUGAAAGUGGAGGUGCUGGGGGAGGCUGCCACCCAGGCCCUAGAGGGCAUCCCCGCCAGUAAACUGGAGGUGUCUCUUCCUGACAUCGACUACAUCGAGGUGCCAGCUGGCUGGUGGGACGUGGAGGCUGACAAGUCUCUGCUGAUGGGUGUCCACAAACAUGGGUAUGAGCGCUACAACGCCAUGCGUGUGGACCCAGGCCUCUGCUUCCUGGAGCGGGUGGGCAUGCCCGACGCCUCGGCCCUGACGGGGGAGCAGGGAGGGGGGGAGGGGGGCUCCGACCUCAUUGACAGCAUGUGUAAGAGUGAGGAGACGAGGGAGGAGACGAGCUCCAAGGCAGAGGGAGGAGAGGAAGGAGAGGACACGAAGGAGGAGCCGUGCUCUAGCAGUGACGCCGCAGACAAGCCUGACAUUGUGGCCCCGGACUCCCUCAGUGUGGACCUUACCCAGGAGGGGGUGGAGUCUCAGUGUGGAGGGGUGGAGCCUCAGUGUGGAGGGGUGGAGCCUCAGUGUGGAGGGGUGGAGCCUCAGUGUGGAGGGUUGGAGCCUCAGUGUGGAGGGGUGGAGCCUAACUUCCAAGGCCGGCCCCUGUGGCCAGCAGGCCCCGCCCUCACAGCCCGUUUGAGACGCCUCAUCACAGCGUACCAGCGAUUCACCCGCCGCGAGCCAAUCAGACACGACUUCCUCUUUCAUGACGGGCUGGGGGCGGGUCAUGGACCGUUGGCGUGGCAACUGGGAGAGGAGCUGAGGCGAUGUUCGGUGGGGGCGGAGCCAGACCCACUCUUCCUGGAGUGGCAGAGGAGGUGGACUCGGAGGGAGCAGGCAGACUUCUACCGCACGGUGUCUUCGUUCGGGGUGGUGUUUGACCCAGAGAGGAAGUGCUUCGACUGGGCUCAGUUCAGAGCCCUGGCCCGCCUAGACCGCAAGACGGACCACAGCCUGGAGAGAUACUUCUACAGCUUCGUCUCCAUGUGCCGCACUGCCUGCAGACUGCCCCCUAGGAAGGACGAAGGCCCGGUUGACCACUCCCUCUUCCUGGAGCCAAUCACGGAGGAGCGUGCGGCGAGGACCCUGUACCGCAUCGAGCUCCUGCGGAAGAUCCGCGAGCAGGUGCUGCGUCACCCGCUGCUGUCGCCGCGGUUACAGCUGUGUCGGCCCAGCCUGUACCUCCCGGUGUGGUGGGAGUGCGGCAAGCACGACCGCGACCUGUUGCUAGGCGCCGCCCGGCACGGCCUGAGCCGCACAGACUACUACAUCCUGAACGAUCCCCAGCUGUGCUUCCUGGAGGCCCAUAGGAACUACGUCUGUAAGGAGAGAAGGCAGGGCUACCCGCCCCCUCAACACCCCCACCACCACCCUGGUCUGCCCCCUCCACCCUCCUCUUCACACCCUCACUGCUGCCUGUACGACCCAGGCCUGGGCCCCUGCUCCUCCCCCCAGCCCCCGCCUGAGUACCACCCCCCACUGCACCCGUCUCCUUCCCACCCACACCUCCAGGGAGCGCCAGAGGCAGGGGAGGCGGACCCCAGGGCCGGCCUGGGGAUGGUGCCUGGGGGUCGGGAGGGGAGCUACCUGGAGGAGAGCCUGGACCUGGCCUCGCUCCACCACGACCCCCUGACCUCUGACCCCGACGCUCUGGGGAAGAGCAAGGACGGCCUCAGCGGCUUCCCCUUUAACUCGGCCGCGGCCGGACAGAGCAUGCUCAACUCCUACGGCGUGGGGGCGGAGUCUAUGGCGGGGAAGCUGCGGAGCGACGUGCUGGUUGGCCAGCAGGGCUCGGAGGAGGAAACCGGCCUAUUGGCUCCCUCCGUGCAGCUCGACCAAUUGCAGGCCUCCUGGGAGCCCGGCGACCACGCUAGCCCCACCCAUCACAUGUUCAACGAGGCGGACGCCAUCUUGGGCCCGCCCACUCUGGAGGCGGGGUUUCUGGAGGAGGAGGAGGGGCAGGGGGGAGAUGGGGGUGGAGCGGAGGAGACGUUGGAAGACUGUCUGGGUCUCCCCCCCUCCUCCUCCCCCUCUCACCCCUCUGGGGGAGGGUCUCUACCCUCCAGCUUCAUGCUGUUCAAGGACAUCGGGGUGAGCGAGGACCCCAGCGUGGAGCCCACAGACCUGUCAGUCAGUCCUCCUCCCCGCUACAUCCCCCCUCCACCCCUCUCCCUCUCCCUCUCCCACAUCCCCCCUCCGCCCCUCUCCCUGUCCCACACUGAUGAUGUCACAGAUGCCUUGACCAGCCACACACAAGGGGUGGAGCCAGCGUUCGAGUUUGACAAGGAGGAGGAGCUGUCUGGCGACAGCCAGGGGCUGGAGGGGGAGGAGCCGUGUCUAGUGCCGGUGUCCCAUGGUGAGCAGGCUCCAGAUGAGGCCUACUCAGACCCCCAGGACCAGGGACUUGCCUGCGAAGACGACCCAGCCCAGGAGCAGCCUUACUCGGGGACGCUGGGGGAGACGGCCCUGGGGCUGGAGGCUGGAGAGAGCCCGGUGGAGCUGGACGAGGAGGCAAUGGAGGUAGAGCCCAGCCUUGAGGAAGGAGAGAUGGGGUGUCUACCCGGGGCCUUAGGGGCUCCACCCGGCCCAGGGGACGAGCCCUGGGAGGGGGGUGGGGCUCUGGGGAGCCCGGGGAACGAGGCAGUUCCCCGGUCUGAGGGUCACAAGCUUCUAGAAGGCCUGGCUGAGCGGAGAACCCUGGAGGAACCCGGAGAGGGAACCUCAGCAGAAGAUGUUGGGGGAACCUUCCUAGAACCCCUCCAGGAACAGUACCAGCUAGAACCUGAGGAACCCUGCGAUGAGCAGGCAGAACUUGGGAGAACCCUCACACAGCACACACCUCCCGCACACACCUCCCUCGCCCACUCUGUCUUUCCUCCAUCACCCUCCCCUCCCACACCCCGGGCAGAGGCGCCCCUGGCCCCGGGGAAGGUGAAGAACGAGCCCAGCCUGGAGGAGCAGAGCUGUGGGGCUCUGGUGGACAGCAGGCUGGGCCCAGGUGGCUUCCUGGGCCUGGACCCUGGCAGCACCAAGCCCAAGGAGGAGGAGCUCUCCCUGGGGCCCAGGCCGGGCCCGGGGCCCCUGGUCCUGGCGGUCAAGAUGGAGACCAAGAUGGAGGCAGGGGACUACCCUCUGAACCAGACGAGCGAGGAGCUGAAACCAGCCGGGUUCCCUCUGAAGGCUGAGGAGCCGGAGGAGGACAAGCCUGCUGUGGUGCUCCCUGGGAAGACUGACUGCUCUGAGACCAAGCCAGAAGGUCUGCUGUUUCCAGUCAAGCCAGAAGGAUUGGGUUUCUCUGUGAAGCCAGAGGGUCUGGGUUUCUCUGUGAAGCCAGAGGGUCUGGGUUUCUCUGUGAAGCCUGAGGGCCUGGUCUACUGCUUGAAGCCUGAAGGUCUGGUCUACUGUGUGAAGCCAGACUGUCUGGAGCCCAAGACAGAGCAGCUGGAGGCCGACAGCACCGUGCUCAGCCCCAAGAUGGAGGAGAGACGCACGCCAGGCCCAGGGGACAGCUACGUUGACCCCCCCAGGUAUACUGCCCCCUCGCUGGGCAUGUGUGACCUGCCCGACAGCCUACACGACAUCAGGGAGCCAACCAUCGCUCAGCUGCUGCAGGAGAAAGCCCUCUACUCCUUCUCUGAGUGGCCCAAGGACCGUGUCAUCAUUAAUCGCCUGGACAGCAUCUGCCACGCCAUCCUGAAGGGGAAGUGGCCGUCGUCCAGCCAGCAGUACGAGUCCCCCAGCGCCCUGUCGUCCUCCUGCUUGGGCCCCAGCCCUGGCCUGGCCCCCCACCACCACCCCCAGCACCGGCCGGCCUACCUGCCCCCCAGCCCCCGCCUCCAGCAGCCCCCCCCAGGGCUGGGCUACAGCCUGCCCCCGCCUCUCACCAGGCUGCCCAAGUACGGCCCGCGAGGCGGGGGCCCGCGAGGGGGGCGUGGCUGCCGUCUCAUAUCCUUGCCUCUGUUGCAGGAGCGCUUGGUGGCUCCGCCUUACCUGCCCGAGAUGAAGCGCGGCCGGCGCCCCUAUGACUACAACCCCGGCGAGGCCCAGGGCCACGCCCCCCAGGACAAAAUGGCGCCCGUGGUAGCUCCGCCCCCCUCCUCCCACCGCGGGGGGUCCAUGCUGAUCAACGGCUGGCAGGAGGCCGCCAUGGACCUGUCCAAGCCUGGGGAGCUGGGGCUGGGGGCGGACGAGGCCGGGGGGAACCUGGGGCACCACCAGGGGCACAAGUUGGGCCCGUCCCUGGGCACCAUGGGGGGGCUGGCGGGCGCCAUGCAAGGCUCCGGGGGCAUGGACAUGGUCGGUAUCCUGCAGGCAGGCCUCAUACACCCCGUUACCGGGCAGAUCGUUAACGGGAGCCUGCGCAGGGACGACUCCAUGCUGCGGAGGAGGAGGGGGAGGAGGCGGAACGUGGAGGCCGUGGACAUGGGGUUCAAGAGCCCUGGGGGGGAGGCGCAGGCCAGGGUGGAAGCAAUCAGCCAUUCGGUGGUGUCAUCCUCCACCUCCUCCCCCUCCCUCCAGGAUCACCUGCCCGGCCCCUCCACCUCCUCCCCCUCCCCCUCUCCCUCCUCCUCCCAGCCCCAGCCUCAGCCCCAGCCUCAGCCUCAGCCUGAGAUCGUGGCUAUAGACAGAGAGGCAGCCAGUAAAGGCUUGCUGGAGUGGCUGAGAUUGAACCCCAACUACAGCAUGGAGCUGCCUGCCUUCACACAGCCUGGAGCAGGCGUGCUGCAUGGCUUCAUGGAGAGACCGAAGCAGAGGAGACACCGCUGUAAGGACCCCACCAAGCUGGACGUGAACACUCUGACCGGGGAGGAGAGGGUCCCUGUGGUGCACCGGAGCACCGGGCGCAGGUUAGGGGGUGCCAUGGCUCCAGCCAUAAAGGAGCUCUCUCGAUGGCUGGAUGCCAACUCUGAGUAUUGUGUAGCUCCAGACUGGGCCGACGUGGUCAAACACUCUGGCUUCCUUCCGGAGGGGAAGUUCGGUCGCAUCCUGACGGAGCCGGUGAACCGUGACCCGGGCUCGCGGCGGAGGGGGCGUCGACCUCGCAGCGAGAUGCCUAAGCCCCUCCUCUCUGAGGCCCCGCCCGGCCUGGCCCCGCCCCUCCUCAUGAACGGCGGGCUGAUGGGCCUACAGAACCUACGAGGUGUCCCUGGCCUGCCAUUGGCUAGUCUGAUGGCGGGCUUCCCCCACGGGUUUGCCAUCCCUUCCGGCGAGGAUGCCAAGAACGGGCUGAGCAUGUUACCCAUGAUGCUCCACAGCCUCCCCCACGGUGCCUUGCCCCAGCACAUGUUCAACGUGGGCGGGAUGAUGUCACAGGCCCCUCCCCCGUCCAGCUCCGCCGCCAGCUCCUCCCCCGCUGCCGUGGCAACCGCCACCAGCUCGGCCGCGGGCUCGCCGUCCUCCACGGCCAGUAGCCCCGCCCCCCGCAGCUCUGCCGGGCCGGGCGAGGGAGGGGAGAGGAGGAGGGAGGAGAGGCUGGGGGAGGGCAGGGUUGGGGGGCCGCACAGCAUGGCCUCCAUCACCACCUCCGCCCCCACCACCAGCACCGUGACCUUUAACCCCUUCCUGCUCCCAGGGGUGUCCCACAGUCUGCUGUACCCCCACAUGUUCCUGUCCCCCGGGGGGCUGAUGACCCUGCCGGGCCUGCCCCCCCACGACCCCGCCAGCCCCCGUCGCCGGAGGAAGAGGGCCCCGCCCCCGGCCGACGACACCCCUGUGUUUGUCGCCCUCGGAGACGAGGAGGCGCUGGGGGUCAAGGGUCGGAAGGCGAGCCCCGUGCCGGACUCCCAUGAUGCAUCUGGGCGGGAGGCGGAGGAGAGAGCAGAGGAGGGGAGAAGAGGGGAGGACAGAGGAGCGGAGGAGAGAGGAGAGGAGGGGAGA